AUGUCUCUUAGUUCCGUGAACGAAUCCAUACGGGAGAUCAGCGACAACUGCUGGGUCAUCGGGGGAAAGAUCCUCUUAACUCGAGCUGAAUCGCCUUUUCGUAAUCCUAGCUGGAGCGAUGGCAAAGGAUCAUUCUACAACAUUUCGGAAGCUGCAUCUCCAGUGCCACCAUCUCAGCCACUUUCGGCUACAAGCUGCAUCAGGAAAGUCUACGAUGCCGGUGGCGUAUCAGCCGUAUGGGUCGUCGGCGAUGCUAUUUGCAAAGUCAAGGUCCUAGACCCUCACCCAACGCGAGAACACAUCACAUUACAGUAUCUCCACAAUAAACAGCACCUGAGCUUUUCGGUCCCAAAGGUUUACUAUCAUACCGAAUAUGACAAUCGAUACUACAUCAUACAGAGCAGACUAGGCGGCGACAUUCUUAGCAGCGUCUGGUCUACUGCGGAUGAGAUAACGAAACAACAAUAUGUCACUAGGGUUGUGGACAUCUGUCAAGAACUGGCAAUGUGGCAUGCUGAUAACAUUUGUGGUGUUGAUGGCGAGCACUUAUCAGACCAUUUCCUUACGGGGUAUGGGCUGCUGAAAGAUUGUAGUCCCGCGAAUUUACUGAGAAAUUGCAAAGAACUGGGAAUGGAUUGCUCAAAGUUUCAUUUCUAUCAUUGCGAUCUGGGUCCCGGAAACAUCAUCGUGGAUACCUCAGACAGUUCGCUCGGGCUCAUUGAUUGGGAGACGGCUGGCUUUGUUCCUCGGGAAUGGAUCAGAACUAAGUUCUGUGUUUCAGACGGGCUAAACCUGCCUGUUCAUAAUCAUGAUUCGAGAGUAGAUUGGAGAAGACGCGUCCAAAGGCGCUUGGAUAUGGAAGGCUUUCCCGAAAUCGCAGACAAUUGGAUUACUUGA